UGUGUUGGUGGUGGGAUGGCGGCGGCGGAGGCGCAGCCCCUUCUGGGCAGGGACCGAGGCGGUGGCCAAGCCACCUCUGGUGCCACAACCAGUCAGGAGCUCUGUAUAAACCAGGCUGUGGUCUUCAUUGAAGAUGCCAUAAAGUACCGCUCCAUCUACCAUCGCAUGGAUGCUGGCUCAUUGUGGCUUUACCGCUGGUAUUACUCGAACCUGUGCCAACGAGUGCUGGGCUUCACCAUUUUUUUGAUCCUGGCCUUGGCUUUUGUGGAGUUCCCAUCGUCAUUCACACGAACUGCAGAUGUGCGCUACCGCUCCCAGCCCUGGCAGCCACCCUGCGGCUUGACAGAGACCAUUGAGGCACUCUGCAUGCUGGUCUUUCUGGUUGACCUCUCUGUGAAGGGCUACCUGGUGGGGCAGGCCCAGUUACAGGAGAACCUGUGGCUACUGUCCUACUUUGUGGUGCUGGUUGUGUCCAUGGUGGACUGGAUUAUUUCACUGAGUCUCGCUUGUGGGGAGCCCUUGCGGGUGCGCCGAUUACUCCGUCCCUUCUUCCUGCUGCAGAAUUCCUCCAUGAUGAAGAAGACCCUGAAGUGUAUACGAUGGUCACUGCCAGAAAUGGCCAGUGUCGGGCUGCUGCUGACUAUCCACCUGUGCCUCUUUACCAUAUUUGGGAUGCUACUGUUCUCUAUUGGUGAGAAGGAUGAAACACAGAACAAGGAGAGGCUGGCCUACUUCCGGAAUCUUCCAGAGGCAUUGACCUCACUCCUCAUACUGCUGACAACUUCCAACAACCCUGAUGUGAUGAUUCCUGCGUAUAUCCAGAACCGAGCCUAUGCCCUCUUUUUCAUAUCCUUCACCUUGAUAGGAAGUUUGUUUCUGAUGAACCUGCUGACAGCCAUCAUCUACAAUCAGUUCCGUGGCUACCUGAUGAAGUCUCUACAGACCUCGUUGUUCCGGCGGCGGCUGGGGGCCCGAGCAGCCUAUGAAGUCCUUGUGUCCACAGCAGGACUGGCUGGAGCCACCCCUGAGGCAGUCGGGGUAAAUCCUGAGAACUUCCUUCGAGUACUUCAGAAAACCCAGCUGCACAGUGACCACAAACAGGCCAUCAUGCAGAAAGUGCACUCCUAUGAAGGCCGCCCAAUGCUGGCUGAUGAGUUCCAGAAACUCUUCGAUGAGGUUGACAAAGGUGUGAUCAAAGAGCACCCGCCGAUGCCCCAGUACCAGUCUCCAUUUCUGCAGAGUGCACAAUUCAUCUUCAGUCAUCACUACUUUGACUACCUGGGGAACCUUAUCGCUCUGGGAAACCUCGUGUCUAUCUGUGUGUUCCUGGUGCUGGACUCAAACCUGAUGCCUGGUGAACGUGAUGACUUUGCCCUGGGGAUUCUUGACCACGUCUUUGUCUUGUACUACCUGCUGGAAGUGCUGCUCAAGGUGUUUGCACUGGGCCUGCGGGGUUACCUGUCCUACCGUAGCAACGUGUUUGAUGGCCUCCUCACCAUUGUCCUCCUGGUUUUGGAGAUUUCUGCUCUGGCUGUAUACCGAUUGCCGAACUCACGAUGGAAGCCUGACCAUUAUGGCCCACUGUCACUGUGGGACAUGACACAGCUGGUGAACACGAUGAUUGUGUUUCGCUUCCUGCGCAUCAUCCCCAAUGUGAAGCCAAUAGCUGUGGUAGCCAGCACCAUCCUGGGCCUGAUCCAGAACUUGAGAGCAUUUGGUGGGAUCCUGGUGGUGGCAUACUAUGUGUUCGCCAUUGCUGGGAUCAACCUAUUCCGAGGCCUCAUUGUGCCUCCUGGAAAUGGCAGCCUGGUGCUCAAUAAUAGGUCAGCACUGUGUGGAAGCUUCGAGCAGCUAAAUUAUUGGUCCAACAACUUCGAUGACUUUGCUGCUGCUCUGAUCACACUGUGGAAUGUGAUGGUGGUGAACAAUUGGCAGGUAUUCCUGGAUGCCUAUCGGCGCUACUCAGGCCCGUGGUCAAUAGUGUAUUUUUUGCUGUGGUGGUUGGUGUCCUCUGUCAUCUGGAUCAACCUGUUUUUGGCUCUGCUUCUGGAGAACUUCCUCCACAGAUGGGACCCCCAAAGUUAUAAGCAACUCCUUGUUGGUACCCGGCAGAUCACCUAUCAGAUGUCUGUGGAGCUCAUGUUCAGGGACAUUCUAGAAGAGCCUAAGGAGGAGGAGCUGAUGGAGAAGCUGCACAAACACCCGUAUUUGCAGCUCUGCAGGUGACAUCAGAGUGGCCUCCCAGCCAGGGUGGCAGAACGGAGAUGCUGGCCUGGGGCUCAUGCUGUGGAGGCAGCCGCUGGUAGAGACCAAGCAAGAAAAGAUGGUGCUUGGGACAGACCACUCAGGAACAAACAGAGGCUGGGAUAAGGACUGUGGCUGCUUAGGACCAUGCGCAUGUAGUAUGUGGCCCUGGCAGAUGGGUGAUUGACACAGCAGAGCAGCCGUCCCUCUGCUGCUCUUCCAAGCUGCUUUGGUGAGACUUGCUAAGGAGGGAGGGAGUGAUUUUGCACGGACCUCAAAGCCCAGGAUGUGAGAAGACCUCAGUUCCCUUUGAUACCCACAGCUUAUCUGUGUCUUCAAUACCAGUGGCCUUUGUGAAUCCAAACCUGCACAGGGCCUGUGGAGGGUAGCCAGCAGGUUUCUGGGGCAUCGGGGUUGGUUUCACAGGUCGGGGAUGUUACCUUUUUAUUUCAUAGUGUCUGUGAAUAUGAUCGGGUGUGCCUGGAGGUCACAGUGUCAAUCAUUUUUCUGUUUCAUAAAGAAUGUUCUUGUAAAGAA